AUGGUCUUCGAGAUCGGCAGAAGGUACAAGAUCUUGAAUCCAGACAAGCUACGAGGAAGUUACGGGAAGCUCAUCCACAUGCUGCAGGACAGUGUGAAGGGAGAAGUGGUCCGACAAUUGGAGUUUGAUUGUGUGGGUUCUGUGAAGACGGUGUGGACGGUGGUGAAAGGCAAUGGCCGGGCGGUGCAAAUGCUCCAGGAUCCUUUGCUGACCAUUGCCACCAAAGAGAUCUACACCGAUGGGAAGUCACGAGCUGAGGUUGCGCAAGAAAGCAAAGACAAAGCAGAAGCCUUGGUGGAGCUGAAGCACAAGUAUGCUGAGAAGCCUCCGGAAGGCACAGCUCCCCCAAAGCCUGCGGGUGAUCUAGCAGAAGCUCUUCGUGGUGGUCCGAAAAGGCCUGAGGUGGAGGGGCUCUUGACGGAGGAGCGGAUUGAAACCAUCGUGGCCUCCAUCAGCGACUAUUUUGCCUUUUUGAGGUUCAACAGAGAGCCUGUGGAGAGGAUGAUUGAGUUUCUCAGGCAAUACUUCGACCCCAAGGAACCUGGUAAAUGGAGUUUGGACAUCUCCAGAGGCCGUGGCGGCUCAUGCUUGUCGCACACCCACAAGACCCAGUACACAUUCGUGUUGCAGAGCCUACUCUUAUGGCGGGAGAUCAUGGGCAACAUGUUCUACUUGUGGCAGAUGACAGAGGAGGACUUGCUCGACGCGGAUUCCACGUAUCGACUCUGUGACACGGGGCAGGGGCUUAAUCGAGUCCAGCAUGCACCGCGAGUGUCAAGGGCUAUGCAUCAGAUCCUCCACAAGGUGCAGAGCGAAGUGGGCAACUGGGUGGGUCUUAGCGUCGUCCACCUUGGGGACCGAGAUGUCCCAAAUGCCCUCGUGUUUAUCGACAAGUACACACAAGUUCCUCGAAUCCUCGGGCCACUGGUGCGAACACUUGACAAGUUGCCAGAGGUGUAUGCCUCCUCACCGGCCAUCAAGAACUAUAUAGACAGCGAGUUCAGGGGCGUCGAGGUUGUACGGAUGGCAAUCAUGCAGGACUUCUUCAAGCACGGCUUUGACGGCAGUGGUGACGACGGUGGCUCUUGCGUGGAUGGCCGGCUCACUUCCUGCUGGAACUGGUGCUCAAAGAUUGAGAAGAAAGCGUACUUCCCAUGCUUCCUCUUGACAGGCUUCACUGGAUUUGAUGGAGGCUUCUCCACUGGCCUAGGCUCAUAG